AUGGAGAAACCCGAGAUCGUGGAGUCUCCGCGAAAGCGCCAGAAGACAGAUGAUGCGGGCUCAAUUGCGAUCCCUCUCGGUGGCGACAGCGCGUCCGACAUCCCGACUGUCGCAGUUACCGAUGCCCAGACUCUGAAAGAAAACGAAGUCGGAAUUACGGAGUUUGUGAGCAACGACUCGGAGGGCUUCGCUGGUAUUCUCAAGAAGAGAUACACCGAUUUCGCGGUCAACGAGAUCACAACUACCGGCGAAGUUGUCCACCUCCGAAACACGAGAGCCCCCCAUACCUCUAGCAACUCCAAGCCCGAGGCGCCUGCCCCCGCUGCGGAAGCCAAUCCUACCGAGCAGACCGAAGCCGCUCCCGCAAAGACCGAGGAGCCAGCCGAGUUCAAGGUGUCGGAGGAGGACCAUGCCCUCCUGGUUGAAUACUUUGGCUCUCAGAAUGCCACCGAUAUCAUUGCGCUUCACCACAAGGCCAUGUCCAAGCCUAAGUCCCGACCAGGUGAGUUUGGUCAGGUCAGCGUUGCCGUGACGGACCGUGACUUGCGCACCAAGAUUCACCAAGCUAUCCGACGAAUUUUCAAAUCGCAGCUUGAAUCUACUACCGAUUCGGAAGGCAUGAUGGGAAUUCUCGCUGCGGCCAACCGCUUCAAGCGCGACCCUGGAACAGGCCGUGGUGGCAAUGGCCGGUCUAACAACCCUCGAACCAACUGGGAAGAGCUCGGUGGUCCCUACCUGCAUUUCACCCUCUACAAGGAGAACAAGGAUACUAUGGAGGUUGUUUCAUUUAUCGCCCGGACGCUGAAGAUGAACGCCAAGUCUUUCCAAUUCGCUGGAACCAAGGACAGACGCGGUGUGACUGCCCAGCGCGUCUGCGCUCACCGUGUUCUCGCUGAGCGUCUUGCGCGUCUGAACCCUACUCUCCGCAAUGCUAUGGUUGGUGAUUUCGAGUACCGCAAGCAGGGACUGGAGCUUGGAGAUCUGGCUGGCAAUGAAUUCGUCAUUACUCUGCGCGAGUUGGACAUUCCCAGUGCGGAUCUCAAUGAUCCCAAGGCUGCGGUCACCAAGGCUUCCGAGGUCGUUGGUACUGCUCUGAAGAACCUGCGUGAGCGCGGUUACUUCAACUACUAUGGUCUUCAGCGUUUCGGUACCUUCUCAACCCGAACUGACACAGUCGGCGUCAAGAUGCUGCAGGAAGACUUCAAGGGUGCUUGCGAGGCCAUUCUGCACUAUGGUGCUGAAUCCCUUCAGGCGGCAAUGGAAGGCGAGUCUAACACUGCGAACAUCGGCAGUGAUGAUAAGGCUCGUGCCAUGGCCAUCAACAUGUUCGAGACCGGUGGUCCUCGCAUCGUGAAUGAAGCCUUGCAAAAGCUCCCCCGCAAGUUCUCCGCAGAGCAAAACCUGAUCCGCCACCUUAGCAAGUCUGGAAACGAUUACCUGGGUGCAUUGCAGACGAUCCCUCGUAAUCUGCGUCUGAUGUACGUUCACGCGCACCAGUCCCUUAUCUGGAACUAUGCUGCCAGUGAGCGCUGGCGUUUGUACGGCGACAAGGUCGUGGCAGGUGAUCUUGUGAUUGUUCAAGAGCACCGCGACAAGGAAGAUGCUCCUGUUGAGAAUGCCAACGAGACUGUCGACGAGGAUGGCGAGAUCAUCAUUGUUCCCCAGGGUGAGGACAGCGCUGUUGCGGCCGAGGACAUGUUCACCCGCGCACGUGCCCUUACGGCUGAAGAGGCAGCCAGUGGAAAGUACAGCGUGUUCGACAUUGUGCUCCCCCAACCUGGAUAUGACAUCAUCUACCCCGAGAACGAGAUGAAGGCCUUUUACACACGCUUCAUGGCCAGCGAACUGGGUGGUUAUUUGGAUCCCUCCAAGAUGCGCCGCUCUUGGAAGGACAUCAGUCUCAGUGGAAGCUACCGUAAGGUUUUCAGCCGCAUGUUGGGCGACAACUAUUCCUUUGAUGUCAAGCUGUACUCCCAGGACGAUGAGCAAUUCGUGCCAACCGAUCUGGACAUCUUGAAGCAAAAGAAGGAAGAGAAGGAGACAGCCACAGCCGAGACAACCGGUGAUAAGAUGGCUGUUGUUCUGAAGUUCCAGCUGGGCUCAAGCCAGUACGCCACUAUGGCCCUUCGUGAGCUGACCAAGGGCAAAGCUGUCGCCCACAAGGCUGACUUUGGUGGUGGCCGUUAA